CGAGCAGCGGUUGCUCAUACGCGGAAGUAUGAACAAAACAAAACGUAGCUGUCAUAUUUAUAUGUUUUCGUGGCGCAGAAGCAUUAUUUUACAUAAAUAAACACACGUGAAGUAGAAAUAUUUUAUUCAGAUGGCUCUGUCUUGGUUCCACGUCGUUAUAACGCUGUGUAUAGCGGUUUUAUGUGUUAUUGCACAGAAACAGGUGGACCCUCCUCUCAUAGCAGUGGUCUUCGGUUUGUGCCCUCUGCUCUGUGUAACUUUGCUAGUCUGGAGAGACUUCCGGGCGAAGAUGAGAGGUGAAAGCCGAAGGUUAAGCAGUGUACUCGGUCAGUAUGUGGCCCUGAGAGCUGUAGGCUGGCUGGGCAGAAGGCAGAGGAUGAAACUGGAGAAUGACACCCUGAAUGUGAAGAAGGUCCAGGAGCAGACCCUGUUCAAGCGCCUGCGUAACAACGCCAACACGUGUUAUGGAAGACAGUAUAACUUCAGUUCAAUGACAGAGAUUUCUUCUUUCCGGGCAUGCCACCCUAUAACUACUUAUGAGCAUUAUCGAGAGUGGAUUAGACGAAUCGCUGCAGGGGAGGAGAAGGUGAUCACUGCAGAGAAGCCUUUGAUACUAGCCAUGACCUCUGGGACUUCAGGAUCCAGUUCCAUGCUGCUUAGCACCAAAGACACCAACCAUGAGUUCUUUCUGCAGGGGGUCACUGUAUGUAUGGAUGCCAUGAGGCAGGCAUUCCCUUCAACAGACAACCUGCAGCUCACAACUAAAUUCUUUUACAUGCCUACUUUUCGCCAGUCCGAGGCCGGAAUUCCCAUUGGACCAAACUCUUCCACCCCAGCUUCUUCCCGCUUCAUGCUAAGCCUCUAUACCACCCCAGCUCCAGCCUUUGAGGUUGUCAAUGAACAGCAUGCCCUUUACCUGCACCUCCUGUUUGCUCUGAAGGAUGCCACUGUAGGUAUCUUGGAGUCCAACUUUGUGUCUACAAUCUUCUAUGCUUUCACUGCACUUCAGAGUCACUGGCAGCAGCUCGUUAAAGACAUUGAAGAGGGAAAAAUCAGCAAAGAUCUGGCACUGGAACCCAAAGUGAGGGUUGUCCUCGAAGCACUGAUGAAGCCAGACCCAGAGAGGGCCGCUCAGCUGCGGGCUCACUUCCAGGAAGGCUACAGGGGGAUUGCCAAGCGGCUGUGGCCUCACCUUCACCUGGUGCUGGCAGUAGACUCAGGUUCCAACCAGAUCUACGGGGAAAUGUUGAGGGAGAAUUACUGCCAGGGAGUGCCGUGCUACUCACCUUUCUAUGCUGCUACUGAAGGACUGAUAGGGGUGAACCUGUGGCCCGGAGACUCCGACAGACGCUAUGUUCUGUGUCCUCGCUCCAUGUUCUGCGAGUUCCUGCCAGAGGGUGGCCUCGAGGAAGAAGACCCUCACACUCUGCUCAUGGAGGAGGUGGAGGAUGGGCAGAACUAUGAGCUUGUCAUCACAAACGCAUCGGGACUCUUCAGAUACCGCCUUGGAGACAUUGUUAAAGUUGUUGGAUUUCACAACCAGUGUCCCAUUGUGGAGUUUCAAUACAGACGAGGUCAGAUGUUAAAUGUACGCGGAGAGAAAGUGUCUGAAUCGCUUUUCCUUAAUGCGCUGAAAAACGCUGUGGCUCAGUGGCCAGGUGCUCAGCUGGUCGACUACUGCUGUGCAGAGAGUGGCAUUCUGGGAGAUUCUACAGGAAGCUCAGAUCCUCAUUACCAGGUGUUUAUUGAACUAAAGGGUUUGAGGAACUUGACAGAGAAGCAGCGUUACAAGCUGGACGCCUGUCUUCAGCAGCUCUCAGAAGUCUACAGGUCCUUCCGCAUCAAAGGCAGCAUCGGACCAGUAAGGGUUCAACUGGUGGUGGAGGGUGCAUUUAUAGAGCUCCGGGAGCAAAUGAUGGCCUUUUCAAACACCUCAGCUAACACUUUCAAAAUGCACAGAGUGCUGCACAGAAAAGAAUACGCAGAGUUCCUACUGGGAAAAACGGUUUCCUAAGAGCUAAUAAUGUGGAAAACUACUAGGAAGAGUGAGUUGACGUGAGCGAUGCUUUCUGCUUCAGCUGUUUGGUUAAAAAAUAACAUUUGUCUGUUGUUAACAGUUUGCUAAAAGCCUGUAUGCUCUCCACAUCACAUGUAAAUUACUGUCAUAAUAAUAGUGUGACGGCACUAUGGCUGCGGAGGGCAGUGACUGACCAGAUCACAAUUGUGCGUGUUCAGUUUUCACACCAGCGCGACUUGUCUGUUCUUUUAGCCACUGUAUGAAAUGCAUAGAAAACAUCUUUUUUAUUUAUAGUUGUGUUUGUGCAAUCAUUGAAUCAACAGUUUGCUGUUGAGUCUAAGUCUAAUCAAAUGAGUGUGUGGUUUGAUAUGUUGGACUUCCAUACAGUGUUUAUUUCUGCCUCAUUUGAUGAGUUGGUGGCGCUGUGGUACAUCAGAAAUAAAAUGUUGGUUUUUUUUAUUGGGGAAAAAUAUAAUAUAAAAUCAAAUAUAAUAAUACUAUAAUAGAAUGAUAAUCUUUGACUUGGUUUAGACUGUGAUCUUUUACAUGCUGCGGUAUCGAGACAGAAAGAUUGUACUAACCUCGCACUUUUUAAUCCUGACUGCUACCAAACAACAGUUGUUGUCAAAAUGACAAACUCUCGAAGCACCUUCUGUCGGUUUCCUCUCGUGCUGUUGCACGGCACACUUCUCUCCUGCGGUUCCUCCUGUUCAUAAAGUGGGCUAAUAUAUUUAGAAACGUCCCAUUUCAGCAGAGAUUUGAUGUUUUUUUUUUUCUAUCACCAAUAAUCUCCAUUACACUGCUUAAAACCUGUUUUUUAUUUAACAUUUAAAUUCAAUUUAUUUCACACACAUCCUGUUCAUAAGCUCUGGAGGAGGCAGUGGAGCUAUGGCCUCAGCAUUUUGUCUGUGUUGGAUGUUUUUUUUUCCUACUGCAAUAAUAAUUGUUUUUUUUUUAUCCAGUGCCUUAAAAGUCAUGGCAUCCU